UAAUACGAUCCGCGGUCAUUUGGCACUUUCCAUUACGCUCAGCUUGACCGGCCUGGCGGCAAACUUGGGGUUGAUCGGGCACUGCCCGCGAUCCCAGCACGAUGGCGUCUCCGGAAGGGGAGCCGGGGGAAAUCCCAGGACUCAACUCGAGGCAGAGGGCUCGCUGGGCUACGCGAAGAUUGACUGUCAAGAGUAGUUCCAUGAAGCGGCUCUCGUUGAUCGGUAGAGCCCAUAACAACAAGGGCACGCCGAACGAGAAGAAGAGGGCUUCUGAAGGGACGGAGGAAUCUCAACCGGCAGAUAGCCUGCAUAAGGACAGCAAUAGUGUCGCGGAUGAGAAUCAUGAUGGGACCGGACCGAGGAGAUUGUACUUCAACCUCCCGUUGCCGCGCGAGCUCCAGGACGACGAGGGACAUCCGAUACAACAAUACUCGCGGAACAAGAUUCGGACGGCCAAAUACACACCGCUCUCUUUCAUCCCAAAGAACCUGUUCUUCCAGUUCCACAAUCUCGCCAACAUCUUCUUCCUCGUUACCGUUAUCCUAGUCAUAUUUCCUAUUUUCGGCGGAGUCAAUCCCGGCCUCAACGCUGUUCCCCUAAUAUUUAUUAUUUUCGUUACGGCAGUCAAGGAUGCCAUCGAGGAUUACCGAAGAACGGUUCUCGACAACGAGCUCAACAACGCACCCGUUCAUCGGCUGGUGGGCUGCGAGAAUGUCAAUGUGCGGGAGGACAAUGUCUCGUUGUGGCGGAGGUUCAAGAAGGCCAAUUCGCGCUUCUUUGGCUCUAUAUGGCACGCAAUUGAAUGGUUAUGGAAGAGGGAUGCAAAAACGGGACGCCAAACCUUUACGACUGCCGACCCCCGCAUCUCCAUCGAGACGAGGAGCACGCCGUGGGAAGAACCUGACGCCACACCCGGCACAUCUGGCCCUGCGCAAGAAGAGAUCCAAAUGACGCCGGUCCCGUCGCCGGUGCCUCGCAACCCGGAUAUGCCCGUCUUGUCAGCUGCGGUGGAAAACGAGGCCCGCCUUCUUGACAACCUCAAAGGUAGCCUGAUCAACCAGCAGGUGCCCAGUUCAGGCAAGGCGAGGUUCCACAGGGAUGCCUGGAAGAACUUGGUCGUUGGCGAUUUUGUUCGCAUAUACAACGAUGACGAGCUUCCAGCCGACAUCAUCAUCUUGGCCACGUCGGACCCGGACGGCGCAUGCUACAUCGAGACGAAGAACUUGGAUGGAGAAACGAACCUGAAGGUCCGCUCGGCUCUCCGGUGUGGUCGAGGGAUGAAGCACGCCCGCGAUUGCGAGCGCGCUCAGUUCGUGAUCGAAAGCGAGCCCCCUCAAGCGAACCUCUACAAGUACAAUGGCGCGAUUAAGUGGCGGCAGGCCGUUCCAUGGGACCCGCAUGGCGAGCCGAGAGAAAUGUCAGAACCCAUUGGCAUCGAUAAUAUGCUUCUACGGGGUUGCAAUCUGCGGAACACGGAAUGGGCUCUCGGUGUUGUUGUGUUCACCGGCCACGAUACUAAGAUCAUGAUGAACGCCGGCAUUACGCCAAGCAAGCGAGCACGCAUUGCGAGGGAGUUGAACUUCAACGUCAUCUGCAAUCUCGGCGUCCUCCUAGCCAUGUGCUUGAUCGCAGCCAUCGCAAACGGCGUCUCCUGGGCCAAGACCGAUGCGUCCAGUUACUGGUUCGAGUAUGGGUCUUAUGGAGGGACGUCUGGUCUGAUCGGCUUCAUCACGUUUUGGGCUGCUGUCAUUGUCUUUCAGAACUUGGUCCCGAUCUCGCUGUACAUUUCGAUCGAAAUCGUGAGGACACUGCAAGCCUUCUUUAUUUACAGCGAUAUCGGGAUGUACUACGACAAGAUCGAUCAGCCGUGCAUCCCGAAGUCUUGGAACAUAUCGGAUGACGUUGGUCAGAUCGAGUACAUCUUCUCGGACAAGACGGGCACGCUCACGCAGAACGUCAUGGAAUUCAAGAAAGCAACGAUCAACGGACAGCCUUACGGCGAAGCGUAUACGGAAGCUCAAGCCGGCAUGAAUAAGAGACUGGGUAUCGACGUUGAGCAGGAAGCCAAGACCAUCCGUGCCGAGAUCGCCCAGGCGAAGGUCAGAGCCAUCCGUGGGCUUCGGGAACUGCACGACAACCCGUAUCUUCACGACGAAGACGUGACUUUCAUUGCGCCUGACUUCGUCGAAGACCUCGCCGGCAAAAACGGCCCUGAGCAACAGCAGGCGAACGAACAUUUCAUGUUGGCGCUUGCCCUCUGCCACACUGUCAUCGCUGAGAAGCAACCGGGCGACCCUCCCAAGAUGGUCUUCAAGGCGCAAUCCCCGGAUGAGGCGGCAUUGGUAGCUACGGCUCGUGACAUGGGCUUCACGGUUCUUGGCUCGUCAAGCAACGGCAUCAACGUGAACGUCAUGGGUACCGACAGGCAUUACCCGGUCCUCAACACCAUAGAGUUCAAUUCCAGCAGGAAAAGAAUGAGCGCCAUUGUCAGGAUGCCUGAUGGCAGGAUCGUGCUCUUCUGCAAAGGCGCCGAUAGCGUCAUCUACUCGCGUCUCAAGAAGGGCGAGCAGGCCGAACUUCGGAGGGAGACGGCUAAACAUCUCGAGAUGUUCGCUGUCGAGGGUCUUCGGACGCUCUGCAUUGCCGAAAAGGAACUCUCGGAGGAGGAGUACCGCGAGUUUAGAAAGGAACACGAUCUAGCCGCCACAGCUCUGGAGAAUCGUGAGGAGAAGCUUGAGGAGGUUGCGGAUAAGAUCGAACGAGACCUCAUCUUGCUGGGAGGGACCGCUAUUGAGGAUCGCCUCCAGGAUGGCGUUCCGGACACGAUCGCGGUGCUGGGCGAUGCUGGGAUCAAGUUGUGGGUACUCACGGGCGACAAGGUCGAGACAGCAAUCAACAUUGGCUUCUCGUGCAAUUUGCUGAACAACGACUUGGAUCUCCUUCACCUGCAGGUCAACGAAGACGAAGCGGCCUUGGCGACCGAAGAAGAAUACCUCGCGAUGGCUGAAGAGCAGAUCAAUCUCGGCCUGGCGAAGUUCAACAUGACGGGCAGUGAUGAGGAAUUGAAGAAGGCUAGGAAGGAUCAUGAACCUCCGGCACCUACUCAUGCGCUCGUAAUCGACGGCUUCACGCUCCGGUGGGUCCUCAGCGAUGCGCUGAAGCAGAAGUUCCUGCUGCUGUGCAAACGAUGCAAGUCGGUGCUCUGCUGCCGUGUCAGCCCUGCGCAGAAGGCCGCCGUUGUCGCCAUGGUGAAGAACGGGCUCGACGUCAUGACUCUCUCUAUCGGCGAUGGCGCGAACGAUGUGGCGAUGAUCCAGGAGGCAGAUGUUGGCGUCGGUAUUGCCGGCUUGGAAGGCCGACAGGCGGUCAUGUCUUCCGACUAUGCCAUCGGGCAAUUCCGCUUCUUGCAGAGACUAGUGCUGGUACACGGCAGAUGGUCGUACCGACGCUUGGCAGAGUCCAUCAGCAACUUCUUCUACAAGAACAUGAUCUGGACGUGGGCCAUCUUCUGGUACCAGAUCUUCUGCAACUUCGACAUCUCGUACAUUUACGAAUACACCUACAUCCUCAUGUUCAAUCUCUUCUUCACGUCGGUCCCUGUCAUCCUCAUGGGCGUGUUGGACCAGGAUGUAAGCGACACGGUAUCGUUGGCGGUCCCGCAGCUCUACCGGCGCGGCAUUGAACGAAAGGAGUGGACUCAAACGAAGUUUUGGGCGUACAUGGUUGACGGCAUUUAUCAGUCCGUUGCCAGCUUCUUCAUUCCGUACAUCUUUGUCAUACUCACCACCACCGCGGCUGGAAACGGGCUCGAUGUCGCCGAGCGCACGCGAUUGGGGGCAUACAUCGCGCAUCCCGCCGUCUUCACCAUCAACACCUACAUCUUGAUUAACACCUACCGAUGGGACUGGCUGAUGCUUCUGGUGGUUGUGAUCAGCGACGUCUUCAUCUUCUUCUGGACCGGGGUGUACACGGCUAGUACCUAUGCUGUCGGCUUCUACCAGACGGCGCCCCAGAUCUACCAGGAGCUCACUUUCUGGAUGUGCCUGAUCGUCACGCCAGCAAUCUGCCUCCUUCCUCGCUUGGUGGUCAAGACGAUCCAGAAGCAGCGGUUCCCCCGAGACGUGGACAUCAUUCGGGAGCAGGCCAAGCGGGGUGAUUAUGGCGACGAUGACGCUGCUGCUGCGAUCACGGCAGCAACCGAGGGCCUCGAAGGCGGGUCAUCGAAGUCGGCUUCGUCCUCCAAGUCCAAGCUGUCCGGUCGAAGCAGAAAGGCCAAGCACGCACAGUACGCCAGCGUAGACGAGGACAGACGGCCGAUCUACCCACCCUCUAUCGCGACCCACAAUACGCGCACGCAGAACGGAAGCGAUGGAACGAACUACAUCAUGCAGAGCCGCGCCUCGGCCGAGCUGCAAGAGGAGUUCGUCGGGGAAGAAGCCGAGCGCGCAGUCACGCGGCCAUCGAUAGACAGGUGUAGGCCGUCGUACGACAGGAUACGACGGUCCGUGGAUCGGGUCCGCCCCAGCUUUGAGGCCAGCAGCGAUUUCACGUCGGCUGCGCGCCUCAGCAGGAUCGAGUCGACGCAUUCGGCCCAGGAGCACCCGGCCGGCCAGCGGCGGUUCAAUCUGACAACGGUGCGGAAGCGCGGAUUGUCUGCUUUCUCGAAGAAGAGCAUUGAUCCGUGAUGAGAUGGGGGGCGUGAGGGAGGCGUAUGUGUUUGAUACCAUUUCGUGUAAUGCCACUGUGUGGUGUACUGGCUUGAAGCUCCAUGCAAUCCUUCGUUUCUCUUCGUUUUCCCAAUUUCUUUGAGCACUUAUCUUGU